UGAGUCGCCGCCACGCUGUUGACCAUCCAGACCUCCCUUAGCACCCCUCAGUCGCGCUCAGCUCCCCCUCCACCACCGCGUCAUAUCCACGACAACACCAACACCAACACCACGCCCAAACAGCUUCAGGAACAUGGCAGCCGGAGCUAUGGCUUCCGCCGACCGUCAUCCAACAUGGAGCUUAUCCUACCGCGAGCGUUCCUUGCUGCCUUCGAGCGGAUCCCUCACUGCAUACCUCCUCCGCCUCAUGUCCAUCAAACAGACGAACCUCUGUCUCUCCGCCGAUGUCCUGACUUCCGCUGAGUUGAUCGACUUGGCAGAAACAUUGGGGGACGAGAUAUGCAUUCUCAAGACCCACUGCGACAUUGUCACCGAUUGGACCGAGCGCACUGCUCUGGCCCUGAAGGAGAUUGCGCGGAGAAAGUAUUUCCUCAUCUUCGAAGACAGGAAAUUCGCAGACAUUGGAGGCACCGUCCAAAAGCAGUACACUUCGGGCUACCACCGCAUUGCCACAUGGUCCGACAUCACCAACGCACAUAUCCUACCGGGCCCCGCCAUCGUGACCGCCCUACACAAAGCUGCCAUGGACACUAUCGUCAAAUAUAACACUAAGGUACAUACCGAAAUCUCGGCUGAUCGAACCAUACCCAAGGUGAAGGACGAGGAGGAACAAGACCCUUCAAACGGAGACGUUGCGGUGGAGUCUCCGCACCCCGAAGACAACGACGACCGACGUCUAAGCGUAACCGCAGCAGACCGGAAGCACAGCGUUGUCAGUGUCAGCACCACAAUCUCGACACGAACGGAGAGCAUAACAACCCUUCCCGAACUAGAUCUGACCGCCGACGACCACUCCAAACUCGACACAGACGCCAUGCUCCAGCGUCUGGGUCCGAUUCCUUUUCUUCGAUCGCUUCUGUUGCUCGCGGAAAUGAGCUCAGAAGGGCAUUUGUUGACUCCAGAAUACUCAAGACGCUGUGUGGAGAUUGCGAGAGACAACCGCUGCUUCGUCAUGGGGUUCAUUGCUCAGCGUAGUCUCAACACCCAACCGGAUGACAAUUUCCUGACAAUGACACCGGGCUGCCAACUGCCCCCUCCUGAAGAAGAAGGCAAGAAGCUCGGCGACGGUCUCGGCCAGCAAUACAAUACCCCCCGGCGGUUAAUCUACGACCAAGGCUGCGACGUCAUCAUCGUCGGACGCGGUAUCCUCAACGCCAAAGAUCGACGCGAGACCACGAGCCGUUAUCGGAAAGAAGGCUGGGCCGCAUACCUGGACCGGAUAGGGAAGAAGAACGGGUAGAUGAUCGGAUUGGCCGUUGGCUUGUCCCGAUCGUCGUCUUUCCCCCUGAGGACGUCCUACAUGGAGACUUUUGUAGCUCUGAUAACCUGCCGAGUGAUUCCUUCGACAAUCGGUUAUAGCCACCUCGCAAUGGCACAGCAACUCCCCAAUGCGAGGUGCACAUUCUCCGACUGGGAUUGCUGAGAGCGGAACCGUGAUGCUUCC